CGGGGGGUUCGAGGGGAAAAGGAUGCGCCCCCAAGGCAGCUUUCUGAGGGAUCGCAGCGAAACAAUGCACUAAAACGUGAUGAAGCUGGAAUUAGCACCGCUCUCCAAACUCAAAGCAGCGGCGGCCGCAGCAGCAGCAGCAGCGAGCAGGGGGGGAUUCCCUUUUUUCUGGACCGUUUUCUAUUUCACCUGUUUCCUAGGAUUCACACAGGGAGGUCCUGAAGAUGUGGACAUUCUUCAGAGACUGGGCUUGGUGGGUCCAAGGCUGCCUGGCUCCUCAUCACGCUCUGUUCCUCAGGGAUUCAUCCCCUUCAAGUCAGGGGUCAUCUUCACCCAGCGAGCACGCAUCGAGGUGCCCGUCAGCAGGGUUAUUCCCGCCAAGCUUGGCACGGACUUGGCUUUAGUGUUGAGUUUGUGCUCCCACCGAGUCAACAGUGCUUUUUUAUUCACUGUCAAGAGCAAAAAGAAAAAGCUGCAGCUAGGGGUCCAGUUCAUCCCUGGGAAGGUCAUAGUCUACGUAGGUCACAAACGCUCUGUUUAUUUUGAUUAUAACAUCCAUGACGGACAAUGGCACAAUUUGGCCAUCAACAUCCAAGGCCAGGUAGUCACUCUGUUUACUUAUUGUGGGAAGCAAAGCGUGCAUGCAGAUUUGCACCAUAAAAAGGACGAGGCUUUGGAUCCAGAGGGGUCAUUCCUUUUAGGGAAGCUCAACCAGCACUCAGUACAGUUUGAAGGUGCCCUUUGCCAGUUUGAUAUUUAUCCUUCUGCCAAGGCAGCUCAUAAUUACUGCAAGUACCUGAAAAAGCAAUGCAGGCAUACAGAUACUUACCGGCCAAAUCUUCCACCUCUUGUCCCGCUACUUCCCAAUGACCCAAGAGCUUCUGAAAUGACUCCCUUGCAAACGGAACUUCUUCUGGGCUUGAAGAAUCUGACCACUGUGAUUCCUCCAUCACCACUCUUCAAGUCCACCCCUCCCCAGAGGAACAGGAGGUUGAUGGCAGCACCCACCACCACCAUUGUGCCAAUGAAGCUGCCAGCUCUGCGGCCGACCAUCAAAGCCACCAAGACCCUUGUGUCAACCUCUCCUGCCUUGCCCAACACUGAAGCACAGGUUCCAGUCCACAUGUUCCACCAGGCCACCACGGAAGGCCAUUGGCUCUCUAGAGUUGCUCCCCGGACAACCACCGUUGCCCUCAGGGUGCCUCAUGCCACUUCCAGUUUGGGUUCAGAGAAAUCUCGUUUGCCCACCAGGAAGAAUGAUUUUCCUGCCUCUCCCUACACAGCCACAAGCCCCACUGCAGGGACAAAAAAGAAGGAGAUGGGCAAAGUGACCAAAAAGAUGACCAGCCAAAGCCAAACCAUCAGGUCUCCAGCAGCAAACACCACAAAGCCAAUGAUGGAGAAGACAGUGGAUCCUCCUGGCAGUCUCCACCCCGUGACCCUGAAGCACAAGCCUGGGAGUGUAACUAAGAGCCCUGCACCAAAGAAAACGACUCUGCUGGGACUGAAGAAGCCGGAUCUGACCAUCACUACUGUCCCAGAUGCCAAACCAAUUCAAGGAGCUCAUUAUCCUGUCCUCAGAGCAAAUGUGCAGAAUGUUAAUUUUGCAACCCCUGCUGCCACAGAUGGGUAUCAGCUGUUUGACCCUAUUGGGCCCACUCUCUUUCCGUUUGUUAUGGGGCUUCCCGGACUGAAAGGAGACCUUGGUCCUCCGGGCCUCCCAGGUCUGCCCGGUUUACCAGGACCUCCUGGCAAGCGAGGCCCACGGGGUCCUCCUGGCCCUCAUGGGAAUCCUGGCCGGCCUGGUCCACCUGGCUCUAAGGGCCAAAAAGGUGAUCCUGGACUAUCUCCCGGAAAAGCAUGGAAUGGUCAGAAGGGUGAUGUAGGCUUACCGGGGUUGACAGGGUUUCCUGGAUCACCUGGUAGAAAGGGACAGAAAGGAUAUCCAGGACCACCGGGUCAUCCUGGAGACCAGGGUGAACGAGGAUCUGACGGGAACCCAGGUGCCAAAGGUUAUCCUGGCAGGCAGGGUUUACCUGGACCUAUAGGAGAACCUGGUCCAAAAGGCAGCCGGGGGUACAUUGGACUGCCAGGAUUAUUUGGGCUGCCCGGUGCUGACGGAGAACGAGGAAUCCCCGGAGUUCCUGGGAAGAGGGGCAAGAUGGGUAGGCCGGGCUUUCCUGGUGAUCUUGGAGAACGAGGACCUCCGGGCAUUGAUGGCAACCCAGGAGACGUGGGAGCCCCGGGUCCUCCUGGAGUUCACGGACUCAUUGGCGAUAUGGGUGCAGUUGGACCUUUAGGUUUUCCAGGACCAAAAGGAUUAAAGGGGCUGAUGGGAAAUCCUGGAGAGAGUGGACUGAAAGGUGAUAAGGGUGAUCAGGGAGUGCCUGGUGUGCCAGGAGACGUUGGAUUCCAAGGAGACAAGGGUAGCCAAGGUUCGCCAGGAAUGCCAGGUGCCCGAGGAAAGCCAGGACCUGCUGGGAAGAUCGGUGACAAAGGUCCAGUUGGAAUUCCAGGAUCACCUGGCCCUGAGGGCUUUCCAGGUGACAUUGGCCCACCAGGACAAAAUGGCCCCGAAGGCAUUAAGGGAAAACCAGGAGCACGUGGGUUACCUGGCCCCAGGGGACUACCUGGCCAAGAGGGUGAUGAAGGACCAGUGGGACCACCUGGCAUCCCAGGGGCAGAGGGUCCACUUGGCAGGAAAGGAUUUCCAGGCAGACCAGGCCCUGAUGGCGUAAAGGGUGAACCAGGGAAUCCAGGGCGACCAGGAAAAGUUGGUGAUCAGGGCCUGAUGGGGUUCAUUGGUCCAGUAGGAGAGCCUGGAAUAGUCGGGGACAAGGGGGACCGGGGUGCAGUAGGACCUCCUGGACCACCGGGUGUCAAGGGAUCGAUGGGGCACCCUGGAAUACCUGGAGCAAUUGGUGAACCAGGGCCCCCUGGACAGCCUGGUCCUGCUGGAGUUCGUGGAUCCCCAGGAUCAAGAGGUUCAAAAGGUCGCCGGGGUGCUCGAGGUCUUGAUGGACUAGUGGGUGAACCAGGGCCGCAAGGUGCUAAGGGCCUUCCAGGAAAUCCAGGGAAACAGGGACCAGAUGGGCAGCAGGGAAAGAUAGGAGAGACUGGUGAGAUGGGAUCUCGUGGCUUCCCUGGUAUCCAAGGACCUUCUGGACCCCAAGGAGCUAAAGGGCCUUCAGGAGACCCGGGACCUCAGGGAGCUCAAGGUCCACCUGGGCCUUUGGGAGAAAUUGGACACAAGGGACCUCCUGGCCUGGCCGGGCAGCCUGGACUUCCAGGUGAAGCAGGCAUGAAGGGUGAUCUUGGACCUCUUGGGAUUCCAGGAGAACAAGGCCUCAUUGGCCAACGCGGCGAUCUGGGCCUUGAAGGUGACAGCGGCCCUCUAGGGCCAGAUGGGCUAAAGGGAGACAAAGGAGAACCAGGCCUAGAAGGAGGAACAGGAGACAAAGGGCAGGAAGGCAUCAAAGGAAAAGAAGGACCUCCCGGAUACCCUGGGCCCACAGGCGUUCGAGGACCAGAAGGAAAACCAGGCCAACAAGGGGAGAAGGGGAAAACCGGACUAAAGGGCAGCAAAGGUCACCAGGGGCAACUUGGAGAGACUGGCCCACCAGGGAAGAUGGGUUUGAAGGGGACUCAAGGUCCCAAAGGAUCCAGAGGAACCAUGGGAGCGAUGGGUUCUCCAGGUCGGAUGGGGGCUCCAGGGCACCCUGGCUUAAAGGGCUAUCAGGGGCACACAGGAGCAACAGGCCCAAUCGGGCCACCUGGACCCAAAGGUGAAAAGGGUGAACAAGGUGAUGAUGGGAAGGUGGAGGGGCCUCCUGGACCACCUGGAGACAGGGGCCCAGUUGGUGAUAGAGGAGAUCGUGGGAAGCCUGGAGACCCUGGUUAUCCUGGCCAAGAGGGUAUUGAUGGAGAAAGAGGAAAACCUGGACAGCAAGGCUUACCAGGGCAUCCAGGACCACCAGGUCAACCAGGGCUGAAAGGAUUCAAGGGCAAUCCGGGGCAGAAAGGAAAGCAAGGGCUUGGGGGUGCCCCAGGCAGCAGAGGCUUGCCGGGUCUUGUGGGAUUACCAGGUCCAAGAGGAGUGGUUGGAAGGCAGGGUCAAGAGGGCACCCCUGGAAUUGAUGGGAUUCCUGGCAAAGACGGCCACUUUGGACAAAAGGGAGAACAGGGUGAAGAUGGAGAGGAAGGCACCCCAGGAAUGUUGGGGAAAAGAGGGAAUCCUGGUGUCCUUGGUCUUCCAGGAGCUCAGGGCCCCCCAGGAUUGAAGGGAGAACAGGGGUUGCCUGGGCAGGCUGGCCCUUUAGGGAAACGAGGCCACCAAGGUGGGAUGGGACUUCCUGGACCCCCUGGUGAGACAGGACCAAAGGGGCAGCUGGGAGACUUCGGUGAAUCAGGAUUUCCAGGGAUUGCUGGGCUGUUUGGGCCAAAGGGACCCCCUGGAGAUACCGGGUUCAAAGGAAUCCAGGGCCCCAAGGGUCCUCAGGGCCUCAUGGGGAAAGAAGGCGUUAUUGGCCCACUUGGGAUUAGGGGUCCAACAGGAAGCCCUGGCCCCAAAGGAGACAAAGGAAGUCAUGGUGAAACGGGAUUGCAGGGUCCUAAGGGUCCCCCAGGACCUCGAGGACCCCCUGGACCUCCGGGUCCCCCAGGAAUGCUGGCUACAUUGCAGCAAGAUGGGUUUGGUGCAGCUUUCCAAACAGUGAUGAGUUCCAGCACUGUGUUCAAGUCUGAGAGCUAUCAACAUUCAGACCUUCCAGUGAUGGACCAGGGAGGGGAGAUCUUUAAGACUCUGCACUACCUCAGCACCCUCAUCCAGAGCAUCAAGAGACCCCUUGGAACCAAGGAGAACCCUGCGCGCAUCUGUAGAGAUCUCAUGAACUGUGAACAGAAGAUGCAGGAUGGAACGUACUGGAUUGACCCAAAUCUGGGCUGUUCUUCAGAUAGUAUUCAAGUCACCUGUAACUUCACCCAAGGGGGACAGACUUGUCUCAGCCCCAUCACUGCCUCAAAGCUUGACUUUGACAUCGGAAGAGUGCAGCUGAAUUUCCUGCACCUCCUGAGCACCGAGGUCAUCCAGAACAUCACCAUCCACUGCCUGAACACCUCCGUGUGGCAGGAAAGGCCAUCAAGGAAAGCUGUGCAUUUCAAGGCCUGGAAUGGACAGAUCUUUGAAGCUGGAGGACAGUUCACACCUGAUGUAGUGGUGAACGACUGCAAGAUUCAAGAUGGACACUGGCACAGGACACUCUUUACCUUCCGGACACAAGACCUGCAACAGCUGCCAAUUACCAACAUCUACAACCUCCCGCCAUCCGAGCCAGGGAAGCAGCACCUCCUCGAGGUUGGGCCCAUGUGCUUCCUCUAAAAGGCAGCCUCUGUGGCACUUCAGGCUCAUUCGUUUUGGAGAUGCUGUCUCUUUGAGCAGGGCCUGUUGGCCGCCCCUGUACCUCUCUACCAGCCUUGAGAGCUAGGCCUUUAGCGUUUGGACUCUGCCAAGUCAUAAGGAACCUUUGGCCCGUCAGACCGCUGCUCUCCGGGAUGGGGAGAGGAGGAGAGUGCUGUGGCUUCAGCAAAGACACAACUUAAUUAGUGGAACUUCAGAAGCUGAAGUAGGAGGCCAGUUGACCUAAGCAGUUCUACGCCCAAAGAUUCCCCCUCCCUCCCUCCCUCACCACACCUUCAGCCAAAGAAACUGUAUGCAAUAUAUCUCACAGAGAAACCCGGAUUAUCCCGCCAAGCCACCGUACUACCAAAUGUGGCUGUCCAGAGACGUGAUGCUAGCAGGCAGGGCUUUUUGAAAGGAGACAGGAAGGAGUCUGGGGGAGACAGCUUUGCAAACUUGUAUUUGUCUGCUUGUUGUUCCGGAACAGGAAGCAUUCUUACGUGCAAUAUUAGAGAGAGAGAGAGAGAGAAAGAAAGAAA